AUGUCUGAUGACGUCGAUAACUCGCUCCUCUCCAGGCUUCAAGCCCUCCGCGGUGAGGGCGGUUCGCCCAAAAUCCCAGCAUCAAAUCCGUACGGCACAUCCCCCCUCGCCCAUUUCAAUAGUGUCAAAAUGCGGAUCACUAACGGCCAUAGUAUAAAAUUCGACGUCAUUGAGCGAGCCAAGACGCCAACAAAGGGGGAUAUGCUCGCCGCCCGGCUCAAGAAUCUCCGCAGCCAGGCAGAUGGACCUAUCUCGCCAGCGUCUGCCAAAACCACAGAGCGGACCACAGCACAAACAGCAGAUGCGCCAGGUUCAAAAAAGACCCCAACCAGCGAGGACGAUGUAGACGCCCUCUUUGAAACAGACGACAGGGCACUAGAGGAGAUGCUCGCGGACCUUGACAACCCUGACACCCCCGAACCCGAGUCCAAGGACGAACAUGUUCAAGCCCUCCUGGAGCAAUUAUCAGCCCAAAUACCCAAGGACUCCGACGACAACAAGGCAAAGCAAGCAGCCAACUCGGAUGACUCGGACGGGGAGCAAAUGGCACAAGAGGUGGACGACGUACUUGCCCGUCUCAAAGACGAAAUACAAGUCGAAGCGCAGGACGGCAAACAGCGCCAAGAACCACCACAAGGAGAGACAGACAUUGCACUGCCGUCGGUCCCUGCAAACCCGGACCUCCCGCAAGACACGUCGCCCAAGCCCCGAGGACUAGACGACAUCACCGCACGCAUGGCCGCCCUCCUCGCCCCCACGGCACAAGACGACCUCCCCUCGGUGCCCACGUCAAAACCAUCCAAGCGCGUAAACAGGCUGACGAGCAGGACAAGCUACACAGACGACGACGCCGACUCCUGGUGCACGGUGUGCCUGGAGGACGCCACGCUCCGGUGCCUAGGGUGCGACGGAGACGUCUACUGCGCCCGGUGCUGGAGGGAGAUGCACGUCGGGCCGGCGGCCGCGUGGGACGAACGGAGCCACAAGGCGGUGCAGUUCACGAGGGACGGCGGCAAGGAGGGCAAGAUUGCGCUGGGGGCCUAG